GCUAGACGAGAAAAUCAUCGCUUACACGCUUUUUGAUAUUCGCUUCACUACUGAAAACAAAUCAAAAACUACUGGUUGUAGAUAUAUUUGAUGCCCCUGCCAGGAGCGCCACUGCACAUGACGACUUUGAAUCAAGUACAACUAGAUGAGCUGCAUCUAUUAGAGAAAAAAUUAGUUCGGAAGUGGGUCUUUUGGGAGGAGGAAGAUGAUAUAACCGUGAUAGCGGAACAAAAUGAAAUAAGAAAGCAAUGCGAUUCAAUUGUAGAGCAGAUAGAUCAAUGUAUUGAUAACAAUCACGCUUCGGAGAAGCUUGUUCUAUUCAUGGGAAGAUUCUAUCUGGAAGAUAAGUCAUUGGCGCCAUGGACCUCGACAAAAUCCAAGAAUAUUUCAACUCGAUUUUUCCAAAGAAUAGUGGCUGAUGCUAACAUGAAAGAGAAAUGCGAAUCAUUCAUAGUGGACAAAAUACAUAACACUCUACAAGAGAUGAAGAGUGCAAACCUUUCAUCUGAGGUCAACAGUUCGGGUUACAAGAAAACAUCAAAGCUGAAGAUUGGAGGAAAGCUAAUUGGUAGCACUUAUACAAAAAUGUUAGAUAAAAUGGAAAAGUUCAAGAAUGACCAUCUCACAGAACUGGGGCACUUGCACUUUCUCAUCGAAAAAACUGACAUGGAAAAGAACUGGCGAUAUAUUCUUCCUUUACUACUUGCAUUACUAGAUGACACUGACGUCCUCGUGAAACGAGAAGCCGCGUUACUUCUUGAUAUGAUAUGCCUCAAGUUGGCCAUCAUAGAACCUAUACCGGCCAAUAUAAUUAUAAAGUCUCAAACGAUGCCGUUAUUCAAAACGGCCAUACAACCUUUACUACUUGCUCUCCCUUCUUUGACUCCCGAAACAAAGAGUGUUGAAAUUCUUUUACCUGCAUAUAAGGCUAUCUUCGAUCUCUUCCAAGUUUCGAUCACAGAUAAGUUGGAAUUCUACAAUAGCAUGAGUGCUCUACUCAACGAUACUUUGUUGCCGUCGAUUGGCAAGUGCAAAGAUUAUGCCCAGGUGUCGCUUGAGCUUACACUGAUUCUACAGGAAUUUUUACAAAGAUGUGGUGAUUUUUCCAAGGUUUUAACGAAACAGGUGAUUUACACUUUACUAACGGUUCUCAUGGACCCUUACAUAUCCUUUGCCCCUGCUGUUGUUUCUGCUAUCCUUUUGGUUAUUCAAGAAUGCAUGGCCAGCAAUUCAGCGGAAAGCCGGAAGAGAUUCAAAUAUGACGUCCUGGGUUGCAUGGGUAUCCUAAAACGUCGGCUUCAAAAUAGAGAGAACCACCUCGAUGCUAAUAUAGAGGGUCAAAUUGAAGUUCUAGUUAAUUGUGUAAAUAUCUAGCAUCUUUACCAUGUAAUUUAUGUAGUGUAUAGUAUAAUAAGGAAGA